CCCUAUGGACGGGCUAUGAGGGGACAGAUCACACAGAACAGAACAUGGAGCUCUCCUAUCAGGCGAUAAAGACGGCGUCCCAGACCAGAGAGGCGGAUGAGCAGCGGACGGAGGCUCGGAGGAAGAACCUGCUCAUACUCGUCAUGCACUACAUGCUGCAGGAGGGUUACGUGGAUUCGGCAAAUGCUCUAGAACAGGAGAGCAAAUUAAACCUUAGAAGAUUUGAAGUCUGUGAUAACAUCGACCUGGAAACCAUUCUCCAGGAAUAUGAAAGUUACUAUUACGUCAAAUUCCAGAAAUACCCAAAGAUCACCAAGAAAGUUGGAGAUAACGAUAGUAAAGUGUAUGCAAAGCCUCGAAGUGGAGGAAGACUGAGAAGAACAGCCAGUAACUCUUCCCAGGGGCUUCCAAGAAUCACCAACCAUAGUAUCAUCCAGCGCCCAGUGUCCAGAACGUACCCAAGGGCGGCAGAGAGAGUGUCAAACAGAGAGAUCGCCAGACAGGAGAAUGGAAGUAACAGUCCUCCGGAGGUCACUGAAUUUGGGUUGAAUGUUUCUGCCAUAAAUAAAAAUGGCGGAGGAGAAGGCGUUUCACAAAGGCGGGGACAGAUCAUUGACUUUCGUGGAAUGAUCCAAGACGCAAUAAAGGGCGCAUCCAAUGAAAUCGCUAUGAAUACCCUAAACUACAACCCUGACCCUUCCGAAAGACUGCUGAAGCCGGUCAGCGCUUUUCUCGGCGCCAAUAGCGAGAUGAGAGAACUGGCUGCAGUGAUAAGCCGGGACAUUUAUCUUCAGAACCCCAAUGUAAGGUGGGAUGACAUCAUUGGGCUUGAUGCAGCAAAGCGAUUAGUAAAGGAGGCAGUGGUGUACCCUAUUAGGUACCCGCAGCUCUUCACUGGAAUUCUGUCUCCUUGGAAGGGGCUCUUGUUGUACGGCCCACCGGGCACUGGAAAGACCUUGCUGGCUAAAGCAGUGGCCACUGAAUGUAACACCACAUUUUUCAACAUUUCCGCUUCUACAAUUGUCAGCAAGUGGAGAGGGGAUUCGGAAAAACUUGUUCGGGUUUUAUUCGAACUUGCCCGAUAUCAUGCUCCAUCCACCAUUUUCCUGGAUGAACUUGAAUCUGUGAUGAGUCAGAGAGGAGCAGGACCAGGAGGUGAGCACGAGGGAAGUCGCAGGAUGAAAACAGAAUUGCUGGUUCAGAUGGACGGCUUGUCCCGAUCAGACGACCUGGUGUUUGUUCUCGCCGCCUCCAAUCUCCCCUGGGAGCUGGAUCAUGCCAUGUUAAGGCGGCUGGAGAAGAGGAUUCUGGUGGAUUUACCCAGUAAAGAAGCACGAAAGUCCAUGAUCCAGCACUGGCUGCCACCAGUGAGCAAUAGCGGAGGAGUGGAGCUGAGAACCGAGCUUGACUACAGCGUGCUGGGAGAGGAGACUGAAGGUUACUCAGGAUCAGAUGUUAAGCUGGUGUGUAAAGAAGCCGCCAUGAGACCCGUGAGGAAAGUGUUCCACGCCCUAGAAAAUCACCAACAAGGGAGCCAGGACUUGCCCUUCAUUCGUCUGGACACAGUGACCACAUCCGAUUUUCUGGACGUUUUAGCACACACAAAGCCAUCAGCCAAAAGUCUGGUGGAAAAAUAUAGCGCCUGGCAGAAAGAGUUUGAGUCGGUGUGAGAAAGAGAGGCUGGCGGACACAACUGCUGCUGCACUACACAGGGACCAAACUGCCCUCAGACCUGGAGCCUAACAUGCUCUGUGGCAUGGACGUUUAUUGUGGCGAAUUUUGCACUGUAUGAACUAUAUAAAAAAAGGG